UUUCAAUGUAACAUUUGUGGAAAAUCUUUCAUAUGCAAGGCAUAUCUUACUAGACACCAGAGAACACACACAGGAGAAAAACCUUAUGAAUGUAACAAGUGUGGAAAGUCUUUCACCGAGAAAUCAAAGCUUACUGUCCACGAGAGAACACAUACUAGAGAGAAACCUUAUGAAUGUAACGUUUGUGGAAAGUCUUUCAUCCAGAAAUCAAAGCUUACUGUUCACCAGAGAACACACACAAAAGAGAAACCUUUUGAAUGUAACAUUUGUGGAAAGUCUUUCUCCUGGAAGGAAUAUCUUACUAGACACCAGAGAACACACACAGGAGAGAAACCUUAUGAAUGUAACAUGUGUGGAAAAUCUUUCACCUCGAAGACAUACCUUACUGUCCACCAGAGAACACACACAGGAGAGAAACCUUAUGAAUGUAACAAGUGUGGAAAAUCUUUCACCCAGAAAUCGAUGCUUACUCUCCACCAGAGAACACACACAGGAGAGAAACCUUAUGAAUGUAACAUGUGUGGAAAAUCUUUCACCUCGAAGACAUACCUUACUGUCCACCAGAGAACACACACAAAAGAGAAACCUUAUGAAUGUAACAUGUGUCGAAAGUCUUUCACCGAGAAAUCAAACCUUACUCGCCACCAGAGAACACACCCAAAAGAGAAACAUUUUGAAUGUUACAUUUGUGGAAAGUCUUUCUCCUGCAAGGAAUACCUUACUCUGCACCAGAGAACACACACAGGAGAGAAACCUUAUGAAUGUAACAUGUGUGGAAAAUCUUUCACCAAGAAAUCAAAUCUUAAUCUCCAUCAGAGAACACAUACUAGAGAGAAACCUUUUGAAUGUAACAUUUGUGGAAAGUCUUUCUCCUGCAAGGCAUAUCUUACUCUGCACCAGAGAACACACACAGGAGAGAAACCUUAUGAAUGUAAGAUGUGUGGAAAAUCUUUCACCAAGAAAUCAAAUCUUAAUCUCCAUCAGAGAACACAUACUAGAGAGAAACCUUUUGAAUGUAACAUUUGUGGAAAGUCUUUCUCCUGCAAGGCAUAUCUUACUCUGCACCAGAGAACACACACAGGAGAGAAACCUUAUGAAUGUAAGAUGUGUGGAAAGUCCUUCUCUUGGAAGUCAAGCAUCAAUGUCCAUCAGAUAAUACACACAGGAAAGAAACCUUAUGAAUGUAACCUGUGUGGAAUGACUUUCACCAGGAAGUCAAACCUCACUGUCCAUCAGAAAAAACACAGGAAAGAAACCUUAUGA